CUUGGGAAAAGCCGAAAAGAUUCGAUUGGAGGGUUAAUUUUAUAGUAAUCAUAAGAUCAUGAAUGUACUUUGUAAUAUGAUGUAUACAUGUAUAUAUGUGCAAUAAACCAUUAACAACGUUUCGGUGUAGAAAGAGUCGAUAUAAGUUUAUAGUAAACACAUACAGGCCGACCCAUAAAAGUGUAAUGGAUAUUUUGAUUUACACGAGACAUAACAAAAUACGGAAAAUUGAGGCUUGGCGCCAAGACUACAAGUCACGACAAUGAUAAUUCUUCUCCGUCUAGGAAGUAUAUAGAUGUAUCAGCAAUGGCUUCAUACAGCCUUAAACUACUAGAAAAGAAAUACAAUAACUGGGUUAAAGCCCAGUUAGCUGUGCUGUUUAAUGAAGAAGGAAUUGAACCAUUUGUUUGUAAUGAAAUUCAAAUAUUUCAACAGAAAUGUUUAGAUGAUAUAUGCUACAACAAUGGACUAUUAAGCGGAGCUUUGUGCUCAAGUUGUUUUACGGAAAAUAUUGUAAAGUGUCCUACAAACCGAAUAUGUAAUGUUGGACGUGGACAAUGCAGUUAUCAUCGAAAUGCCACUACACAGUACAAUCCUUCCGGUUGUCCUAAUAACAUAUGCGACAAUUUCAAGGCAAAAAUACAGAGUGCACAUAGGUUCUAUGGUCCAUCAUUCAAAAAUACCGAUGCAACGAAUUGGUGCAGUAAUCCCUGGGAGGUCGCUAAAUGUUUUUUGCCACAAGAUGGGUAUAAAGAUGUUGUGUCUGCAAAAGAGACGGAUUUCAAUGGCAUCAUCAGCGUUGUCAUUAAUUACAAAGACUUUCAGAUGAAAGUACAUGAGCACUUAGGAAAUAAGAGUAACCUUUUUGAACAGGCGAGAGAAAUUGGUAGGAUUGUGAGACAUUCGUCAGAAUUAGAGGUUGAGGACAAGGACCUUCAGCAAUACUUCAAAGUAUUGCAACAACUAUUGUCUGAUCCCGUAUAUUUAGCUACAGAUACGCAUGCACAAAGUGCUAAACAGAAACUGUCAGACCUUGAAAAUGACAUAUUGGUUGUUGGAAAAGAUGAUGUAAGGAAAGCACUAGAUGAUGUUGCAAAAGCAGUUCGGGACAAAAUAAGAACUGAAAUAGAUGACCAGAAGAAACAGUAUGAUGAGAUUAAACUUGAUAUGAUUAAAAAUAAACAAGACGAUAUUCGGUCACUAGAGUUUAAAACUGCUGAGGGAGUGAAAACACUCGAGAAUAUUGUUGAUGACAACGCUAAGACAAUACGAAAAGAAAUAGCCAAAAUGAAACAAGAAGCUGAUGCUUCAGUGAAAACGCUUAAAACCCAAGCUGACGAAGAAGUAAAGAAUAUUAAAGAAGAGAGUAAAAAUUCAGUAAAGAUUAUUGAAUCAAGUAAAAAAAGCGGAUUGGACAAAAUAAAACAAGAAGUUGACGUUUCAGUAAAAUCCUUUAAAACACUAGUUGAUGAUGAAGCCAAGAAAAUUAAAAAAGAAAGUGACAAUUUCGUUAAGGUCAUUAAAUCAAGCACAGACACGGGACUUGGCAGAAUAAAACAAGAAACUAACACUUUAGUCAAUAGUCUUAAAAUUCAGAGCAGCAGUGAAAGACAAAGUAUAACCGAACAAGGAAAAAAAGAAAAGACAGCAUUGGUUGAAUUAGGAGAGACUUUACAGAAAACGCUUUACACAAGAAAUAUAGAUGACAAAGAGGAACAAUACGUUUCUUCUAGAAAAAAAUUAAAAGAAGAAAUUAUUGCAUGGUACAACAUGUAUCAGAGUACAGUUCCUCUUUCACCACUCACGGACGAUUUGGAUACCCCUUUAGCUUGUUUUUACGUGAAGACAGAACUCAACAUGAAAACAAACGCAUUCAGCGAACGAAAGGAAACAACUAGAGUCAAGUCGCUAGAAGACGUCUUUACAUCAGGUAGGAAGGUCCCACGUGAAAUAUAUUUGUCAGCUGACGCUGGCUUUGGAAAAACUGUGUUUUUUCAAAAUAUCUGGCUAUAA